GUGUGAGCUCGACAUCCUCGACGCCGCAGCUUGGAGAGAGAGCAGCAGCACAGCAGCAUCAAACACCAGCCUCACGCCUCCCUCCCCCUCCACAUUGUCAUCUCCACGAUUCUCAUCUACGAAUACUUCCCCACCCGAAAGGAUACCAUGAAGCUCUCCGUAGGGCUUGCGACUGCCCUGGCCGGCGUCGCGACUGCGCUCUCCUCCGAUCAGCCCGCUGACGUAUAUCUGCUGCAAUCCAAACAGCCCUCGAGCUCCGAUAUCCCAUCAUUACCACGACAGAUUGCUCGCCUCAUCCUGCUGCAGCGUCUAUCUCCCGAAGGCCAUCAUGCAUCUUGGGACCUGCCCACUUCCAUCUCCAACGAGAAGGCCGUCACGUACCUGAACGAGUUCGGCAAGGCACCCCAGAGCCUGUUUGCUGAUGCAGCAUCUACAAACCCGUCCCAGCUCGUCGUCCUGCUUGAGGGCAUCACUUCCGACGACUCUAAGUCUCUCCAGAAAUCCUUUGCUGGCUCUGGACCUAGCUUCAGGGUUGGAGAUGCUCCUUCGGCUGCUGCCAACGACCUGCUGCUGGCCAACGACUUCCCGUCCGUCGGCGUCGCCACCAAGAAUUGUGCCUUUGAUAAGGCCAUCAACCCCUUUGCGGAGCAGUGCUGGAGCGGCAAGUCAUCAGUUGUGAGAUACGACGUGAAGAAGGACUCGUCCAUCCUCGCGUCCCUUUCCGAGAACGCCUCUCUUUUGAAGCAGCUUGCCGCCAACGGCGAGAUGGAGACUGUUGUGAUCGCUAUGCCUGAAUCGUCUCGCAGGUCGCAGGUCCGCCACUGGUCCUCCAAGCCCGAGGAGCUUCGUCGCCGCCAAGUGGAGGAGGUCAUGACCGAGACCGACGAGCACGACCAGCCCGCGCCUACCACUCCCGGCCAGACCACCGCGCCUACUACUCCCGCUCAGAGCACCGCCCCAUUCCCCGGCCACAUCGAGAGAGGCACUAUCAAAUCUUGCUACGGUACCGAGGACGCAUGCAUCAAGGCCACUGGCAACUGCUCGGACCACGGCGCUUGCAAGAACAAGUACGCCACGCCUAACGGCGAGGACCAGGGCACGUGUUUUGCCUGCCAGUGCCUUGGAACUAUCAGCAAGAGUGGCAGCAUCACUCACUGGGGCGGCAGGGCCUGCCAGAAGGUUGACGUCAGCGUUCCCUUCUGGCUCUUUGUCGGUUUCGGUGUCGCCAUGGUCGGUAUCCUCACCUUCGCCAUUGGUCUUCUUUUCAGCGUCGGCGAGGAGAAGCUCCCCGGUGUCAUUGGUGCUGGUGUGUCCAAGACGAAAUAAGACGGUCAUUGAUGCGCCCCUGAUAGGGAGCGGGGAGUGGCGGACAUCGUCACGGUUCAAGGUGGGAGUGGUUGUGCUUAUAAUUGGCAAGUGGUCGUCUGUACCAUAGGUGUAUUUUCAUGCGGCGUUGGCAUUGGCAGGACAUUUCUCUCUUUGAUACGGAGAGGGUAUUUCUUAGACAAUCGAAAAUCAAAAAAGGAAUCGAAGCUAUGAUGACAUGAUUCCGAGUGAAUCUCCUGGGUAUCGAUUGGUGAUGUGAUGUAAAGUCUACUUGUUCCCGC